AUGGUGCAAUACAGGGCACUGGUGAUAGCUCUGAUUCUGCUCCUUAGCACCACUGUCCCCGAAGUGCACUCAAAGUACAUCGACAGAGACCGUCGUGACUUGAUGGUCAUCCCUGAUGCAGCUGCAGCUUACGUCUACGAAGCUGUGAACAAGAUAUCCCCUAGAUUUGCUCAGUUCUUGCUGGAUGUUUCCCAGACUACACCAGUUUCUGUGACCAGGAACUUCCUCAUCAGAGAAACAACUAAACUCACUAUACUGGCAGAACAGCUGGUGGAAAAAAUAAAGAGCAUUUGGACAAAAGUGCGAGGCUACUACUAGUUGGAAGAAAAGUCAGUGUUCCCUUAAGUGAGUGGGUAUUAUCCUGCAGUGUCCUCUUUCCCCUUGCCUCUACUACAGACCAAGAUCAGUCAAUAACAAAGAAUAGAUGCUCCUGUUAAUGCGACUAGAGGGAACCCAGCAUCAAAGACCAAAGGAUGGAUGACA